CGCACCACGGGGAGUGCCCACGGGGGCGGGGUGGUGUGCAGAGGUGUCCUCUCCUGGACCUCCCCGGCCGCCGCCGAGCUGCCCUCCGGACCUCCCUGCCAGUGCCCCCUCCCCUGCCUUGCCCUGCCCUAUCCAUGCCUGUGGGUGGUGCCCUGCAGCCUGUGCUCCUUUGCAGGGCCCGUCGCCGUGGGCAGCAUUGCUGCUCUGCCUCCUGGGUGCCGUGCCCUGCGUGCGCCGCCUGCUCCAGCCCCUCUCUGAGUGCUGCCUGCCAGAUGACUCUGGGGACGACGACGACGACGAGACCGCCUCCCUGACGGACAAGAGCGGGCUCCCGCUGGCCAUCCAGACGCUGUCGGCGAAGCUGGACGAGCUGGGCGCCUGCCACGAGCUGCUGGGCAAGCACGGUGCCGCCCUACAGCGCUCCCUGGCCGAGCUGGACGGGCUGCGCGCGCCCCCCGACGGCGGCGACAAGCUGCGGGCCGUGAGCGAGCGUGCCACCCUCUUCCGCAUCACGUCCAAUGCUAUGAUCAACGCCUGCAGGGACUUCCUGGGGGCGGCCGAGGCGCACAGCCGGCGCUGGCAGCGGGCACUGCAGUACGAGCAGGAGCAGCGGGUGCGCCUGGAGGAGACCAUCGAGCAGCUGGCCAAGCAGCACAACAGCCUCGAGCGCGCCUUCCGCGGCAGCGCCUCCACCCGCAGCUCCGGCCCCAGCUUCGAGGGAAACCUCUUGACACCCGAGGGGGAGGACAGCGAGGAAGAUGAAGAUACCGAGUACUUCGACGCCAUGGAAGACGCCGAGUCCUUCAUCACCGUGAUCACGGAGGCCAAGGACGACAGGAAGGCGGAGGGGGGGCCGGGGCCAGACCCCGUGGAGUGGACCUCGGCUGACAAUUCCAGUGAGCAGGUGCCCAAGGCCCCCCCCCACAUCAAGAGACGCGCCCGCAUCCCCGACAAGCCCAACUACAGCCUCAACCUCUGGAGCAUCAUGAAGACCUGUAUUGGCCGGGAGCUCUCCAAGAUCCCCAUGCCGGUGAACUUCAACGAGCCGCUGUCCAUGCUACAGCGGCUGACGGAGGACCUGGAGUACCACCAGCUGCUGGACCGGGCCGUGCACUGCGCCAGCGCCGUGGAGCAGAUGUGCCUGGUGGCCGCCUUCUCCGUGUCCUCCUACUCCACCACGGUGCAUCGUAUCGCCAAGCCCUUCAACCCCAUGCUGGGCGAGACCUUCGAGCUCGACCGGCUGGAGGACAUGGGGCUCCGCUCCCUCUGCGAGCAGGUGAGCCACCACCCGCCAUCAGCCGCGCACCACGUCUUCUCCAAGCACGGCUGGACCCUCUGGCAGGAGAUCACCAUCUCCAGCAAGUUCCGCGGCAAAUAUCUGUCCAUCAUGCCGCUGGGUGCCAUCCACCUGGAGUUCCAGGCCAGCGGGAACCACUACGUGUGGAGGAAGAGCACGUCCACCGUCCACAACAUCAUCGUGGGCAAACUCUGGAUCGACCAGACAGGGGACAUCGAGAUCGUGAACCACAGGACCAAGGACCACUGCCAGCUCAAGUUCCUGCCCUACAGCUACUUUUCCAAAGAGGUCGCCCGCAAGGUGACCGGCGUGGUGAGCGACGGCCACGGCAAGGCGCACUACGUGCUGUCGGGCUCCUGGGAUGAGCGGAUGGAGUGCGCCAAGGUGGUGCAGAGCAGCCCCGGCAGCCCCGGCCUGGAGGGCAGGCAGAAGACGGUGUACCAGACGCUGCCCGCCAAGCUGCUGUGGAAGAAGUACCCGCUGCCGGAGAACGCAGAGAACAUGUACUACUUCUCGGAGCUGGCGCUGACCCUCAACGAGCAGGAGGAGGGCGUGGCGCCCACCGACAGCCGGCUGCGGCCCGACCAACGGCUGAUGGAGCGCGGCCACUGGGACCAGGCCAACGUGGAGAAGCAGCGGCUGGAGGAAAAGCAGCGCUCGUCCCGGCGCCGCCGGCUGGAGGCCUGUUCCCGGGGCUGCGGCUCCGAUGAAGAAAAGGAGGCCGACGUGUACACGCCGCUGUGGUUCGAGAAGAGGCUGGACCCGCUGACCGGGGAGAUGGCCUGCAUCUACAAGGGCGGCUACUGGGAGGCCAAGGAGAGGCAGGACUGGCGCAUGUGCCCCGACAUCUUCUGAGCCCAAUACAGGCCCGCACUCGCACUAGUUCUUGCUCCCCACAACCUUGUCCCUUCUUUAAGAGCCUCCGGGGCCCCGGGGAGGACGGCUGAGCCAGGCUCCCCCCGGCCCAGCCCCAACGGCCGCCCGCGAGGAGCCAGCCCCGGCAGCCACUCUGACUUUUCUAGAGACGCGAUCUUUUCUUUCCGGCCGAGAUUAGUAAAUAUUUUUA